AUGCAUCCCACUCCAUCUACGCCUCCUUCUACAGAUUUUUCUCUUCCAGCACCAGAUCCUCCUGCAAUCCAAUCCUCUCUUCCACCUACUGCACCACCUUCUCCAGCACCACCUGUUCAACCCACUCACCAAUCUGAACGUCACAAGGUUCCAAAUGUGCGCCUCCAAGACUAUGUUUGCUCUCAAGUCACGCUACCCAAAGCUGCCCAAUCGGAGUCUUCGUCUUCACAUCGCACCUCAGGUACUCGUUAUCCCUUGAGCAACUUUAUUUCUUAUCACCGUUAUACACCAACACAUCUUGCUUUCAUUACUCAACUCAGUCACAAUGUGGAGCCACGUUCUUUCUCUGAGGCCAAUUCUGAUCCUAACUGGCAGCAAGCCAUGAGCUCUGAACUUCAAGCUUUAGAGUCCAAUCAUACAUGGACUCUUACUUCUAUUCCUCCUGGUAAGCACCCUAUUGGUUGUCGGUGGGUCUACAAGAUCAAACAUCAUUAUGAUGGCUCUAUUGAACGGUACAAAGCUCGGUUAGUCGCCAAGGGUUAUACACAGACAGAAGGUGUUGAUUUUCAUGAUACUUUUUCUCCUACAACCAAGAUGAUUACUGUCUGCAGCCUUCUUGCACUUGCCGCUGCUUCCUCUUGGCCCAUUCAUCAACUCAAUGUCCAUAAUGCCUUCCUUCAUGGGGAUCUCCAUGAAGAGAUUUAUAUGACACCACCGCCUGGUCUUCAGCGACAGGGGGAGAAUCUGGUAUGUCACCUCCACAUGUCUUUAUAUGGCCUCAAGCAAGCUUCUCGUCAGUGGUUUGCAAAAUUUUCUGAAGCUAUUCAAGCUGCUAGUUUUACUCAGUCCAAAGCAGAUUAUUCAUUAUUCACGUGCAAAAGAGGAAAGUCAUUCACUGCUCUCUUGAUUUAUGUUGACGAUAUAUUGAUCACAGGAAAUAACUUGGGUGCCAUUAAUUCUCUUAAACGUUUUCUUCAUACUCGCUUCCGCAUUACAGAUCUCGGUGACCUUAAAUUCUUUUUGGGUAUUGAAUUUUCGCGUUCAAAGAAAGGCAUUAGCAUCUCUCAGAGGAAAUACACCAUUGACAUCCUUAAAGAUAGUGAUCCAGCCAAGUACAGAAGGUUAGUGGGUCGUUUGAUUUACUUGACCAUCACGAUACCUGACAUUACAUAUGCAGUGCAUGUGCUCAGUAGAUUUAUGCAUGAGCCAUGUAAACCUCAUAUGGAGGUGGCGUUGCACAUCUUGAAGUACCUCAAAAACACUCUAGGACAAGCAGAAGCAGAAUACAGAGCUAUGACUGGUGCUUGUUGUGAAUUGACUUGGUUGCGUAGUUUGUUACGAGAUCUUCAGUUGCCACAUCGGAAGGCAGCAAUACUUCAUUGCGACAACCAAGCUGCAUUACAUAUAGCAGCAAAUCCUGUUUUCCAUGAGCGAACACGACACAUUGAAAUGGAUUGUCAUUUUAUCAGAGACAAAAUCCAAGAUGGUUCUGUAACUACAAAGCAUGUUGCUUCUUCCCAACAAAUAGCAGACAUCUUCACCAAAGCAUUGGGCAAAGAUGAUUUCGCUCGUAUGUCACGCAAGUUGGGAGUUCUUGACAUCCACUCUCUAACUUGA